UUUAUAAUACUUAAUAUGUUUGGUACUGAGAAAAUAGCUAUAGAUGUAAUGGAGAUUUAUAGGUUAGGUAAAUAUUUUUUCGUUGUAAAUAUACUAAACAAUAUCUAUCGAUGUUGUUGAAGUUAAUGUGUGUCGAUAGUAGUCGAUAUUGACUGCGCCUGGUUUGGAAAUCUAGCAUGAAGACGGUUUCUUGUACAAUCAUGAAAGUGCCUUCGUAAUUUAACUGUAUUGUAUAAUAAGUGUGGUGAUGUGUACAGAUCUGUCGACUUUAGCGUAGGGCUGAGUAUCGUCAUAUGUCCGUUUUCGUUACGUCAACAUUUUAACUGUUAUUUCGUGUAAUGUGUUCACGACUCUUUUCACUCCUACUCCACUGAAGAAUUUACCUCAACCAAAAAUUCCCAUCUAUUAUAAAAAUAUUCAAGCAAUACUACCUGGUUUUGUCACUGUCAUAUUUGUCGUUCGGGACAGAAUACAGAUUUUUAAUCUGCAAUGAUAGGAAAGAAACUGAAAAGCAAACAGGUGUCUGUGCAUAGUUUGUUGGCAUCAGGUAGCGGUCCACGUCCUUGUGUUAAAGUUAAGAAGCACUUUGAUACUGUGUUUAAAGUUGGCAGUAGGAAUCUUCGAGAUGGUGUACUUAUACGAUCAAACAUUGUUAGUAACCUGCCAGGCUUUAUAACAAGUGAUUUAGAGGAGCAAGAAGAACAUUCACAGGUGCAACAGCAGACUUCAAAGUCUCAGCCACAAGGCAAUAAAACAAAAUGGAAAUCAUCUGCAGUCCUGAAGAAAACUAAUGGCAAGUUAGCAUCACCUAAUAAUGAAAAAUCGAACACAACAUCAAGAAGAAAACAGAGUGGUAAAAAAGAAGACUUUAAAAUACAGAGAAAAUCCCAUAUUACAUUUACGAAUAAAUCGGCCCUGUCUGGUACUUCAAGAGCCAUUCAAAAAAAAUGUAACGCCUCAACAGUACAACCACUUGGUGCUCGCUUGGAUGUGGCAGCAAUUGCAAGUAAACAAACUUGUGACUUGGAAACUGAUAUUCUAUUUGGCGGUGAACCAUCAUUUCCAUCGAGUGUGAAAAGUGCGUCUGCUGAACAAGACGCAACGAAACAUCUAGUUUCAAGUCAAUCAGCGAGACACAGAUUUUUGCAGAAACAGCGUCAAUGCUCAUUGCGCGCACAUGUUCCUAUUAUACCUGUGAAUCAAUAUUUAUCCCUCAUUAAUAAUGUGGAAUUAUUUUAUAAUAGAAAUAAAACAAAACCAUAUGAAGUCUCUAAAUAUACAGAAAAAAAUGGUAAAGAACAAAGUGACAAACAGAAUGAUGCUGUUGGCACGAUGGGAAACAUACCAAAACCAAAUGUAUUAGAAAGUGGGUGUUUACUGAAUGUGGAGGAACAAACAAGGCUGGUGCAGGAAAUUCAUAUAGAAAUUUGCGAGUGGAGAAAGAAACAGCAUAAUGCAGUUCAGUGUAAUGAUACAAUGUGUAUACCAAAUGUAAGGAGGGGGAGAAAUGAUUCCAAGAAAUUGCACCAAAAUGUGACAGUGUCUGAUGAUCUCAGGGUUAGAAGUUCUAAACAUUAUGAUUCUAAUGAGAACCAGCAUGCAGUAGCAGGUACCAACAACAGCAGUUCAUCAGGAGACCACCGUUAUCCAUCCACUUCAACCACAGCAGCUCCUGGCUUAUUACUACCCCAGCAACAGUAA